CUCGCUUCCUCUCACCUGAAGUGCCGCAACUCGCUUACUCCAACCUUGAGCUUCGCUCAAGGUUGGUCACGACGAUUAUUACUAAUCUAUACACUAACUAUAUACAGUAAUUAAAGCUGGCCACGGCUGAACAGAUAUCUGUCAGCCAUAACCAGCUUUUGAUUGCCAAAAGCACACGAUUCUUUGUCGUCUAGAACAGGGGGUAGUAGGGGGGCGGCAGAGUUAAAUUACCAGCAGGCAUUGGUCAAGCCGAGGGUCGUCUGAACUGACGAUACUUUCGUCCCCUCCUCCGGCCGGCGGUUUUGUUGUAUGGACAGAUGCGGGUGGCUAAUACUAUUUGUUGGUGGGUAAUAUGGAAAUCAAUACCUCGCCGCCGACCUGCAUUAGCGUCGUCAUAGUCCCCGUCGUGGUCAUCGUUCUGGCCACAUUUUACACGCGAAGGAUGGGUGGAUGGGUGGAUGGGUGGAUGGGUGGAUGGGGAUAAUGGGGAUACGGGGAUAGUAAAAAACCCUCAUCAUCCCCCUCUUUUUACUCCAUGAUUGGCCUAUCUUGCCCCUUCUUCAUCCUAGACGACUCCUUCCCACUCUUCCCAUUCACAAGGCGCAUGUUGGCCCUGCAUUCAGCUCCACCGACUGUUAUAAACUUGUACCUGCAUACUUCAAGAUAACCGCUUUGCUUUGGUCAUAUCACCACACCACUAUUCCCGCAACCAACAUCUCGCUCACCAUCACCCAUUCACUCAGCGAGCGGCUCCAUGAAUUCGUUCCAUGCCUCCGUUUCGUCAUCCUCGUCUGCGCCCCCCAUGUAGGUUUGGUCACGAUCUUCUGCUCAUCUUCCCGUCUUUUCCCUUUCCUUUUCUCUUUCCCUCCUCCCUCUUUCUCUCUCUUUUCUCACCUCACCCACUUCCUUCACACCGUCCUCAUUCCCACGCGGGAUCGUCGAUAUACCUCGUUGCAGACUUUUGUUUGCGUCCUUUCGUUGAAAGUCAAGUCAACACCACGCUCUUUUGCACCGGCCUAGGCAUAUCACAAUCUUUAAACCCCUUCGCUGCUUUAUAUAUUUAUCAUGGGUAUCUCCAAGACCUUUGCGGCCGUUGCCGCCCUCUCAGCCGUGGCGAGUGCCACCGGCUCCUCUGCAAGAAGCGCCGUGGCCACAUACUGGGGCCAAUCUGGCGGAUCUCUUCGCAGCUACUGUGACACUGCUGAUACGGAUUACAUUCCCCUCGGCUUCAUCAACUACUUCCCGGAGCAGGGGAACGGAUGGCCAGGUUCCAACUACGCCAGUUCAUGCUGGGCCUCGACAUACACCGCCCCGGGCUACAACGGCGUUGACAACCUUCUCCACAACCGCCUCUUUAACCAUUGCCCGGGUAUAGCGCAGGAUAUCCAGUACUGCCAGUCUAAGGGAAAGAAGAUGCUUCUGUCCCUCGGUGGCGGACCUAACACCUACUCCCUAACUGGUAAGGAGGAUGGAGAGUCCUUCGCCGAUUUCUUAUGGGCAGCCUACGGCCCAAGCACCGAUGAGUGGACUGGCCCCCGUCCCUUUGAUCCUCUCCCAGGUACCGAGGGCGAGGGCAUCGCGACAGUUGUCGAUGGAUUUGACUUUGAUAUCGAGCACCCAGACACCGAUAAAUCCGCUGGAUAUAUCGCCAUGAUCAACAGGCUCCGUAACUACUUCCCAGAGGGCAGCAACUACCUCAUUACUGGUGCGCCUCAGUGCGUCGUCAACGACGCGAACAUGGAUUUGAUGAUCCAGGGCGCCAAGUUCGACAUCAUCUGGGUUCAGUUCUACAACACCGAUGGUUGCGCUGCUAGAGACUGGGUUAAACUGAACCCUAACUACGAGAAGACCGGUGUUGAGACUACUGUCCCCAAAGACUACCCCUUCGGCGGUUUCUCCUACGACGCGUGGUUGAAGCGUCUCCAGGCCCCUGGCUCCAAGAGCAAGAACGCCAAACUUUCCAUUGGUGUUUUGGGAACGUCAAACACGGAUCGGACUGUUUCUAUUGACUACUACCUGUCGUCGGCCCAGCUUAAGCCGCUGAUCGACGAGUAUUACUGCCACGAUAACUUUGGCGGGUUCAUGAUCUGGGACGCCGUCUCUGCUGGCAACAACAAGGACGCGAACGGGGUUACUUACCAAGCUCAGAUCAAGAACCUCCUGCUUGCCAGAGAGGCCAAGGGAUGCGCAAAGCCCACUUCAACUGUCAGCUCCACCACAGCCAAGUCGACCUCGACCUCGAGCACCAAGGCUCCUGUCACCACCUCCACCGACGAGCCAAUCACUACUGGCCCGCUCACCACCGGCCCAUCCACCACUGCCGUGCCUACCUCGACAGGCCACUGGGGUAACAACACCAUCAGUGACUCCCCAACCCUCACCUCCACCAUCCUCCGCACCACCGUCUACACCGUGACCAGUUGUGCCCCAACCGUCACCAACUGCCCCCUCGGCCACCUUACCACCGCCACCCUCACCGACUACACCACCUGGUGCCCCGGCAACCCCACCAUCACCUCCGCCCCAACCACCACCGGCGCUGCCAAGCCCACCAAGUCCGGAAAGGCCAGCACCGUCUACACAACCAUCAUCCACACUAUCACCGCUUGCCCGCCUAGCGUGACGAACUGCCCCGCCAAUGAGAAGACUACCAGCGUCGCUACGGAGACGAAGGCGCUCUACACUACGAUUUGUGACGAGGAGACGACUCUUCAGACCGCUCCUGUCGCGACUGGCGGCAUCAAGGCCGUUGGCACUGGAAGCGCGGUGAUCCCCCAGGCUCCGUUCGUUGGUAGCACUGGUCGCGUCGGUGGCAGCGUCUUUGCGGCGGCUGUUGUGGGUGUGUUGGCGCUGCUGAUGUAAAAUGUGUGUGAGGAUGGGAUCUGGAUAUUCGGUUCUAUGUUUUAAGGACAUAUAGUGACAAUAUAUAUAUAUAUUUUUUUGGAGAUAAUGUUUGUUGAAAUCUGAGUUUAGCGGUGGGGAGGGGGUGAAUGAAAUGUAUUGGAUUG